GCCUUCGACUCGCUGGCUUUUUCCAUCCGCUUGGUUGCAUCGGAGCUUUCACUGAUCGGAAGCCAUCUCCGAGAGUAAAGCGACAUGGGUGCUUCGGAAUCCUCACUCUCAAGCUCUCAGAAAGCGCGGCCAGCUGAUGUAAUCUCCACCGUCUCGGAGCGAUCAGAAGCUGUUGACCCCAUAUUAGAGAGGCUCAAAUCCCUUAAAAUCACAACACCGAUAUUGCAAUCACCCCCUACGGAAGGUAGCCUGACAGAUAUCUUAGUAAGGAAACCGCCCUCUUCUUCAAAUGCUGUUACCGUGAAUCCCCAAGUGCUUUUGGAGCUUUUCUCAGUGUACCGUAAUUGGCAGGAUGAACGGGUCCAAAAGAUCAACAAGAAUCAGGAAGAUAUCGAAAACAAGAUCGAAGUCACCGAUGCUUUGGCUGUUAAACUUCUUCAACGCUUAAAUUUUUCGGUUUCUGCAGUGAAAACAGCUUCCGAACAUCUAUCCGAAGUUCACGCACUGAAAGUGGAAAUUGGUGAGCUUAAGGGAAGAUUGACAGAAGUUAUUAGUAAUUGCGAUGCAAUAUGCAAAAGAAUUUCUUCAGAAGGACCAGAGUCUCUUCGGUUAACUAUCAAGCCAUUUGUUGUUGCCACCACCGACUCGGGGUCAUCCUGUAAUUCAUCUUCUCAGCAAGUAGAUUUGAAUACAAAUCCACAUCCCCAAGAACCCAAAUUAGGUUGAUUCUUUAUUGGAACAUUUUGCAAUCUUAGAAAACAAAGAUUUCAUAGCAAAAGAUGGUAAAUGUGCCAAUUCUUGAAACAUUGGAUGGAUAUCAAUCCCAUGUUGUGUAUAUAUAGUGACUUCAUUUUUCAACA